UGUGGAUUCGGUGGAUAUAAACGUUUGGAACUUUCUGGUGGCAAUGUUGACCCGCAUAAUUGUACAUUUUAUUUCCCAUGUGGUACUUUCCAUGGUUAUUGGAUAAAGAAAUGUAUAUUUUCCAUGCAGAAACCGAAGACGUAAAAAGCAGAGCGGAACACCUUAAGGUGGCAGGACGACCACAGAAACAAGGUGAUGACGUCAAGAAAACACAGCCUGAAGGUGCUGUGGCGAUUACGAAGGGCGAUUCUCCUGACCCCAGAACUUCGGCUCUCACUGCUCGGGUGGAGCCGAUGGUCCGGUCGGAAGUUACAGGAGCACAAAAUGCGGUUUUCCUGUCGUACCAGUGGGACCACCAGGACAAAGUGCUGCUGCUGCACGAUCGCCUGCAGGAGCGAGGCUACAGCUGCUGGAUGGACAUCAAGCAGAUGGGGGGAGGAGACAGUCUGUAUGAGAUGAUGGACAAGGGCAUCAGGGGAGCAAAGGUCGUUGUCAGCUGCGUGACGCCCCCUUACGCCGAGUCCAAGAACUGCCGGGACGAAGUUGCGCUUGCGCACACCUUGAAGACACCCAUCAUCCCCGUGAUGCUGGAGAAGACAACAUGGCCGCCGCCCGGGCCCAUGUCCAUCCCCUUCGCACAGCUGCUCUUCAUCAACAUGGCCAAAGGUCAUGACGAGGACCCGUGGAAGGGCGCGCUGUUUGAGCAGUUGGUGAGGAUGGUGGAUUCUUUUGUAAAGAGGCCGAAGGCUAAGUAAGCUACCGAAGCAACUGUGUCAUCAUCAGCAUGAUGUCCACUUUUCACGAAGUUUCAUUAUCAAUGGUAUAAUCAUAGCCUGUAAUCUCUAAUCUCUAGACUGACGGGCUAUUUCUAUAGUUUGACAGAGUGCCUUGGUAACAAUGGCAUUUUGUCAUCAAAGGUGCGCACAUUGAUAAAUGUAUAUAGUGCAAAUAUAUCUGUAAAAAACAUUCACCAUUGUGAAGGGACUGAUUUCUACGUUAAAGUAGCAAUGCUAUAAUUACUAGCAGCUUUUUAAAAAGUAUCAUAUUGAUUGGUAUAAUAUUAGGUUGUAGUCGUAGACGCAUGUUACAGCCUACUCCUAGGAUAUGGAGCAAAUGUUUGUAAAAUACACGUAGAUCUGUGAAAAAUGUACUUAUUGUGCAAACUUCCAGACUGAUGAUAAAAUAAAGUAGAAAUGUUAGGACAGUUCGAUAAGUUGAUAUGUAAUUUUCUUGCUUGAGUUCAUCUUUCUAGUUGUGUGGCAUGCAAGGAAGUGACCUACACAGAAUAGAGUUUUCAAAAAUUGAUUUAGCUAAAAGCUUUCAAAAUGAUAAACCUGCCCUUCACGAUGCACUGUCAUAUGUAAAUAAUCACAAUAAUAUCAUUGUCAUUUCAAGAACAAUAUAUAAUUGGUGGUCACCCCAAAAUAGCAAAUCAGACGUGUAAAAUGCUUGAGUUUUAAUCAUAUGACCAGUUGAUUAACAUAAUUAUUUGCUACUUGAUAUUCACGCUGUCAUAAGUUUGUAUCUGUUAUGAAUAUCCGGAUGUUUUGUUCUACUUUAUGAGUACCAAAAUAGGUCAGAUUAUGGUGUUGAAUUACUUAUGGUUAAUUUUCUGCAGUAAUUAAAUUACAUUAGUUGAUUUCUAUUCAUUCAGUAAACGGAAAGUGAAGUUUCAGUUCAUAUUUGGGAAUCUACAUGAUGUAUUGAAAUACAUAAAACAGUUAAAGAUUCUAAUCGAUUUUAUAUUACAAAUUAUAAACACCGUAGUGUUAUAUAGUUCUUAACUGAAUAAUUUUGGUGUUGGUUGAAAGUAACAUAUUAAUAAUAUAAUGUAUACAUAAAAGUAAUUAAUAAUCUAAUGGCGCUUAAAAUGAUUUAGUAUUUGGUAAAUGUCUACAUUCUUCAUUCUGCUUAUUUUGCAUGUUAAUCGUGUGACGUGGUAAA